CUCUCACUGGCUGCCACAGCAGAUCUGUGCAACAGGGAGCUACAGCUGAACCUCAUCUGUGCAUGAAAACACUGCAAACAUGGCUGGUAAAAUUCAGAGUCUGACUGAGGAGGAGAGGACCCACCUACUCCCCCUGCUGCGCAACGCUCAGUGGGUUGAGGUUGUGGGACGGGACGCCAUUUACAAAGAGUUUAUUUUUAAAGACUUCAAUCAGGCUUUUGGUUUCAUGUCCAGAGUGGCUUUACAAGCAGAGAAGAUGGACCAUCAUCCUGAGUGGUUUAAUGUCUAUAAUAAGGUCCAGAUUACUCUCAGCACACAUGACUGUGGAGGACUGUCCCAGCGAGACAUCACGUUGGCCACAUUCAUUGACCAGGCAUCACUAAUGUGAGCUGCACACACUACCAGUCAUUUCAACAGUGGAAACUGCAGAGCUGGAAGUCAUCGCUCUUCAUUUAUACUCCACUGAGAAAUUUGAGGAUGUGAUCUGUGAACCCAAAGAAUAUGAACCACUGUCUUAAAUGAAUUGUGAAAAUGUAGCUGUAGGUGUUAAUCUGCAAAGGGUCCAAUGCAUCUUUAGAAAUGUGCUGUUGGUUUCGCAGUUGGUGAAUAAAAGAGAUUAUUAGCCAAAGGUAAAAAGUAAAAUGUUUACACAUUUAAGUAAAAAAAGAAUCCAAUCAAUUCCUCAGCAUCAAUUCCACAAAACAUGUGUCUCUCUGUCACAACUGUGUCUUAUGUGCCAAUGUUUUUGUACUUUGCUGUCAAGUAAAUGCUAUUUU